UUUCAAUACCGUUGCAACUUCUUCAACCUUCAACAACCGUCUUUACUCAACUACACUUGCUGCCAAACCUUCAACUCUAUACCAAGAACAACAGUCAACAUGCCCGAGGGUCGUCAGUCUCCUUCUCCUCAGGACCAGAGUGGUCGCCAGCUACAGGAUCCUACAGGAUCUGGAAAGGGUGGUCUCGAAAGGGCAGAGUACAAGGACCCCAAGAGCCAACUUGAUAACCUCGUGUCGAACCCCAAGCCCAUCACUGAGGAUAUCCUAAAAGAAAAAUUCGCCAAGGGCUUCAAGAAAGAGUGA